UGAGGCGGCGGCAAAGAGGGGCUGAUCACCAAUGAUCAGAUUUAAUCGUCCCUGAAUUGAAACUUGGCAGGCACUGAAUUAUGAGAUUGCUUCACUGUUUUGCUGGAUUAAUUCGCAUUUAAUCGUAUUUUUUUUAUCUGAAGUAACCUUGUCUAGUGGUCAUGGGGUCUAUAAUUUCAUUUUUGUUUAGAUGUACAGGCUCGUGAAAGAUCCCUCUUUACUCUGGCGGAUACAAGGUGGAUCUAUGUUAAGAAGCAAAGGGAAAGCAGAGGAAGUUUAAGAGGGGAGAAUGCAGGCUGUUUAUUGGUACACUGUCCUUCUCCUUCAGAGCACUCUUUACCUGGUAACAUGUGUUCAUGGAAAUAACCCUCAAAAAUCAGACCUUCUAAAAACUGGCAGCCCUAAGAACACGCAAAAGCACAUAUGGACAGAAAGUAGCAAAGAUUUGUCUAUCAGUCGCCUGCUUUCACAGACAUUAUCUGGCAAAGAGAAUGCUACUGCUGUGGACCUGCACUAUGAAACUCCAGUACCUUAUUCUGACCAGGAUAUUUGGGAUUGGUUACGAAAUGCCUCAGAUCAGAAGGAGCCCCACCCUCGUGCUAAGAGACGCCCUAUAGUAAAAACAGGGAAAUUCAAGAAAAUGUUUGGCUGGGGAGACUUUCAUUCCAACAUCAAAACCGUCAAGCUAAACCUACUCAUCACGGGCAAAAUAGUGGACCAUGGGAAUGGUACUUUUAGUGUCUACUUCCGUCACAAUUCCACUGGCCAGGGGAAUGUUUCGGUCAGCCUGGUGCCCCCUACAAAAAUUGUGGAAUUUGACUUGGCUCAACAGACGGUGAUUGAUGCCAAAGAUUCAAAGACAUUUAACUGCCGCAUUGAGUACGAGAAAGUAGACAAGGCGAAGAAGACUACACUUUGCAACUAUGAUCCAUCGAAAACUUGCUACCAGGAGCAGACCCAAAGCCAUGUGUCAUGGCUCUGCUCCAAACCCUUUAAAGUCAUAUGUAUUUAUAUUUCAUUUUACAGUACAGAUUACAAACUAGUGCAGAAAGUGUGUCCAGAUUACAAUUACCACAGUGACACUCCUUAUUUCCCCUCUGGCUGAGUGUGUCUGAUAAAACGGUUAUUGUAAUUAUGUUACUGCAAUGAAUUCUAUAUCUUUGUCUUCAUUUGUAUGAAUGGUUUGUACUGUAUAUAGUUAACCUAGUGUUAUUUGAGCUACCUAUGAACAUAAACGUGUAACUGUCUCUCUUGCUUGUUUAUGGGUUUAAAGAGCAAAUGCAAUGAAAAAUAAUCUUUUAUUUGUGUAGCAGUUAUAGCUUACAACAAACUCAUGUACAAAAACAAUUAUUAAAAUUAAUGUAACUGGUGAAGAAACAACUUAAGAGGUAUACAUAUGCCAUAUUACUCAUUGUCUGUAUUAAAGUAUUUUAUUUCUGAAAGAUGGUAUGUAAAUAGGAAUAAAAUACUAAAAGAUUUCAGUUUGAAAA